UUUUAGUUUUAUUUCAUGUGGGUGAUCGUAUACUUCAAAGUCUGACAGCGUGACGUGGCAAAGCAGAGGUGAUUUGUCUCGUAAAAUCACAAGCACACUUCAACUGACCAGAGAAGUACCAAGGAGCACCUAAGAAUUAAGCGAUACUAAACGGAACAGCCCAAAAGAUCAAGAUGAAACCCCAGACCAAGACUAACUGAGGGAGGUGUUUACCAACAAACAUGUCGCACGUGGGUGAGGGCGAGCCUUCUCUGAGUGCCAGCUAUGGGGACCUGCCGGGCCUGCAGCCGUGGGUGGUGGCUCAGCUCAAGCAGCUCAAGAUCCUGCGGCCAACUCCCAUCCAGCAGCACUGCAUCCCACCAGCGCUGGACGGUCGGGACAUUAUCGGGGCGGCCAAGACAGGUUCAGGCAAGACUCUGGCCUUCGUCAUCCCCAUCCUGCAGAAGCUCUCCAACGACCCUUUCGGCAUACACACCCUUGUCUUGACCCCAACACGUGAAUUAGCCUUCCAGAUUGCUGACCAGUUCCGAGGUGUGGGUGCCCCAGUGUCGCUGCGGCUGAGUGUGGUGGUGGGCGGACUGGACAUCGUGGGGCAGGGCCGGGAGCUUAGCCAGGGUCCCCAUGUGGUGGUGGCGACGCCCGGCAGACUUGCUGAUCUCCUCCAGAACUCGCCUGACUUCACCCUUAAGAGGAUAAAGUUUUUGGUGCUGGACGAGGCUGACAGGCUGAUGGAUGGGCGGUUUGAUGGCCAGCUGCGCACCAUCUGGGCUGCCCUGCCGGAGAAGAGGCAGACGCUGCUCUUCUCGGCCACCAUCACUGACAGGCUCCAACGCAUGAGGGAGCUGGCCACAUCAGAGGUGUUUGUGUGGCGUGGGGAUGAGGGAGGAAGAGCCACGGUGGAGGAGCUGACAGAAGAAUAUGCCCUGGUGACGCCCGUUAUGAAGGAUGCCACACUGGUUGCCACUGUCUUGCGCCAUACCCAGGACCACCCUAAGGACCUGGUCAUGGUUUUCACCGACACCUGUAAGAGGACGCAGGUCCUAAAAAUGAUGCUAGGUGCACUGGGCAUCGAAGCCGCCGCACUGCAUUCCAUGUUGUCGCAGCGGGACCGUCUGGCCGCCCUGGCACGCUUCAAGUCAUCGCAGAUCAAGGUGCUCAUUGCCACUGACCUUGCCAGCCGUGGCCUUGACAUUCCCCUGGUUGGCCUCGUUAUCAACCAUGUCGUACCGAACCUUCCCAAAACAUAUAUUCACCGCGUUGGGCGCACAGCGAGGGCGGGACGUAAAGGCUUGGCGCUUACACUCAUCACACCACAUGAAAUCAAGGUUCUGCUGGCCAUUGAGGGAGAAACGAGGAGGAAGAUGACAGAGAAGAAGGUGGAUGAGGCUGGUGUGACGCGGAUUAUGAAGCAAGUCAACGUCACUCGCCGCAUGCAGGAAAUACGCCUCGACCAGACGGACUUUGACGAGCGCCGGAACAUUAACAAACGGAAGAGGCUCAUUCUGGAGGGAAGAGACCCAGACGAGGAAGAGAAGCGGAAGAAAAAGAAGCUCAAGAAAACAAGACAAAAGGAGAAAAAGGAAAGAAAGAGUAUGCUGGAGGACCUGGAACAGAGGAUGGAAGUGGGGAGGGUAAAGGUGGAGGAGGAGGAGGCAGUGCAGGGGAGAGGGAAGAGCAGUCCCGUGGUAGGGAAUACAGUGAAAGGAAUGAAGAAUAAAAACAACAAAAUGAACACAAAAAAGAGAAAGACAAAACAAGAUACAACAGCAUAAUGGCGUCAAAACUGUAUGAUACAAAUAUUACAGAUUUGUUGAUGUAUGUUUCUGUGAAUUGGGCACAUGAAAUGGUCUAUUCAUUAAUGGAGUAAAUAUAUAACAUAUGAAUACAUGUUUUACACAAGGUUAUACUUUCUGUUAAUAAGGCCGAAUCCUUGUUAACCCGUCCGCUGUGAUUGGUAUGAAUUUCACCUUCACUGGUAGCCUGCUAACACAUACUCCCAGGUCUUUCUCUGCCUCUGGUGGAUAGUGAAGUGUUUCCCAUGUGGUAUUGGUGUGCUGGAUUUCCCUUCCCAAGGUACAUGACUACAUUUUUUUCAAUGAAUUGUAGCAGCCACUUUUUGCUCCACUCCUGUAGCUUGGUGAUGUCUUCUUGUAGGAAGUCUGCAUCCGAGGGGUUAAGCAGCAUAACUUCAUAGAGACCAAGCAUUGAAGUAAGACAGCAUUGACAAUUAUAUCAGCAUCAGAUACAAAGAUUGAACCAUAGUGAAUGAAAUAUACACCACUAAGUGGGCAGAUUCAUCAGUGUGGAGUAGAGAAGUAUAAGUCAUGAACCAGCAUCAUUUACCUCCCCAUAAACAUUGUAAUUAUUCCAUACAAACAUUACCGAGGAAAUCUGAACACAUUGAUGCAAAAAGUUCACUGUCAGGAUGAAAUGAAGUGUCUGCUGAGUAUUUAUUUCUUUAUUUAAAAUAACAUCACAGCAUACAAGAUGGAACUGGCGAGAGAGAGAGAGAGAGAGAGAGAGAGAGAGAGAGAGAGAGAGAGAGAGAGAGAGAGAGAGAGAGAAGGGAAGAGAUGGGAAGGGAAGGGAAGGGAAGAGAUUGGAAGAGAAGGGAAGGGAAGAGAAGAGAGAAAGAGGAGAAGGAAGACUGUUGUUGGUGGUGAGGAGAAAAUGGAAGUAUACCGUAACAAGAAGAAAGAAAUAGCAGAGAACCAAAGAGAUGAAGGAGACAACAACUAAAUGAGGACAGGAUAGGCGAAGGACGAGGACCCUAAACAGAGAACAUAUAAUUGACAACUAGAUGGCGGAAAAGACUUAUAGAGAAGAGGCGGAGGGAAACGCAUCGACAGGACUGAUUAGGUAAAAAGGGAGAUCAGUGGAGAAAAUAAAGUAAAUAGAUAAUGGAGGAGGAAAGAGAUAGAUUACGAAAGAAGACAGAAGAUAGGGUGAAGAUAUCUUAGUGGUUGGCUGUUGUACUGGUGGAAGGAAGGAAAAGAGGAAAGAUGUGGCAUAGAAGAGAAGGGAAAACUAAACAAAAGUUGAAAGAAAAAAAAGAGAUGGAGAUGUAAAAAAAGGAGACAGAAAGGGCAAUAAAUUGGAAAAAGAGAGAGAUGGAGUAGUAGGGAGGAGAAAAGAAAAAAAGCAUAUAAAGGGAAAAAAGGUAGAAAGGAAAGGGACAGGGUAGAAAAGUAAAUAAAGAAAGGAAAAAGGCAGAAAAAAAAGAGGUGAAGAAGGAAAAGGAAAAGAAGGGCACUGUAGUUGUGAGAGAGAGAGA